AUGCCUCUUGUACUAUCAGAGCAGUCCCUUCAUCGCUGGGAUGCCAUCUUGUCAACCUAUCCCUUCCACAACCGCGAGACUUUUUGCAAAACAGCGAGUUCUGUCAAGGUGAAUCAUAUCGCUUGGUAUUUUGAGAUGAUAAGUCCCCAAGAUGAUGCUGGGCCUCAAGCUGGCCAAGAUCUCUUCCUCGCUCAACUACCAGAGUUCAAACCAGUUCUCGACCCUACGCACAGAACCAUGCCUUUCAGCGAAGGGAAACGAAACCUUGAUAUCAACUUCAGUGUAUUCACAGAGAGUGAAGGCAUCUUUGGUCUUUUGGGCUUCUUCCAGCAGUUCCCGUGGCUCGCUGGCCUUGCGCUGCUUCUGUCUGGCAUCUAUGGAGGCGUUCAUCUGUCAGCAUGGAACUGGACUUUCCCCAACUCUAUCGAGCAUUUGAUGUGGAAGAUAAGUUGUCUCUAUAUUGCGGGCGCGUUGGCGUUGUACUUUGUCAUGGCAGUAUUUGCUACAGCUGUAAGAACCGAAGGAACAGCGUGGCUAGUGACAUACAUCGCAUUCUGGCUCGCCUUGUUUGUCCACAUGGCUGCCAGACUUUAUUUUGUGUUCGAGUCCUUCUUUAGCUGGAGGCGCUCUCUUGCUGGAGUUUAUACAUCACCGGCUUGA